GUUUGUUUACAUUUCUGUGUUGCUAGGAUAAAAUAAUUCCAAUAGUGCUAUGCGUCAGAGUCAAAAUUAUAUGAAAUGAUUUAUCGUCAGCUUUUAAUUGUCUCCGUAUUGAAGUGUAUUGUAAUAAAUAUCUAUCUUCAUCAUAUAACUUAUUUUUAUUGUUGACGUUUCUGGUUAGUAGUUAUAGAAUUGUAAUGAAUGAACAUGGUCCAAAACCUUUAGACUUUCCAAAUGUGCCUAGUAAAACUCAUCAUAUCCAAGUUAAACUGCCUUCAGAGAAAACGGAUGCAUCUGAAAUCGAGAAAGCUAAUUUGUAUUUUUGGCGGAUAGUUUCUGCUGUAUUUUAUGGUUUAUCAUCUUUCCUUGUUAUAGUUGUGAAUAAAAUAGUUCUGACGAAUUACAAAUUUCCAUCAGCUCAUGCACUUGGUAUUGGACAGAUGACUGUGACAAUACUUACCUUGUAUAUUGGUAGAUAUUUAAAUAUAGUUAAGUUUCCAUCAGUAUCCAGUGAUGUGCCAAAAAAGAUAUGGCCUCUUCCAUUAUUCUUUAUAGGAAAUCUAGUAUGUGGACUGGGAGGGACUAAACAUCUUAGCCUUCCCAUGUUUACUGUGCUGCGUCGCUUCACAAUUUUGAUGACGCUCAUAGGGGAAUAUUUUAUCCUUAAUACACGCCAAAGUUGUCCCAUUGUAGCAACUGUAAUUGCUAUGGUUGGUGGUGCCAUAAUAGCUGCUGUAGAUGACCUUUCAUUUGAAGUUCAAGGUUACAUGUUUGUUUUGUGCAAUGAUUUCUUCACUGCAGCAAAUAACAUUUGUGUUAAAAAGAAACUAGAUGCCAGAGAUCUAGGAAAAUAUGGCCUACUGUUUUACAAUGCUUUGUUCAUGAUAUUACCCCUAACUUUGUUAUGGUGGUACUCUGGAGAAAUUGAAAAGACAAUGGCAUAUCAGAGGUGGUUAGAUGUUACAUUCCUUACUUCAUUCCUUCUUUCAUGCUUCAUGGGUUUUGUUCUUAUGUAUUCUACAGUUUUAUGUACAGCUUACAAUUCUGCUUUGACUACUACUAUAGUUGGAGUAAUAAAAAAUAUUUUGGUCACAUACAUUGGAAUGUACUUAGGUGGAGAUUAUAUCUUUAGCUGGGCAAAUUUUAUGGGAUUGAAUAUCAGUAUGGCUGGUAGUUUAGUCUACUCAUACAUAACUUUUGUCCAGAAAGAAUCUCCAAAAGCAAAAGCUGCAAUUACUGUAAAAAAGGGUUAGCAGAUGAUGAAUUCUAAUUUUAAAAGUGCCACCAAUGUGCCUAUAUUUAUCAGCCAAAGAAAAGAAAAUCAGUAGUUUUAGAAAUUUUCAUGUUAAUUAUUUUCACUUAACACAUAUAAAUACUAAAUGAUCAAAGCUGUUUCAUAAAACUAUGUAAAGCAUUAAAACUUAUGUAUUUUUUAGUAAAAAAG